AUGCACAAGGAUCGCAAAAACCGGGUGCUUGCAGCCCACAAUGUUCUGCUGGCCGCUUUCCAAGACACUGACAAGACAACACAGAGUAUUACCUCAGAGCUCCGUAAACUCCACAUCCGUACUGGCGACAAAGCCUUGCUCAUGGUUGUUCGCUCUAAUAUUGAUCACUACAACAAGGCCUUUACCUUCAAAACCAAUUGUGCUGUCAGCUUCAUCAACUCAGCAUUCAGGAUGACUGUUGAAGAUCUCGCAACAAGGUUUGAAGGGUAUUGUAUAUCUGGGGUUAAAGGCCUCGCCCACAAUCAAACCAAUGCCACGCAAGCCAAGAAAAUUACAGCGGUGGUGCCAUUCAAGCCGUCUUGGAUGUACUACGUGAACUUCAAUACCAAUGUCGCCGAGAAGUAUCAUGUCAUCUGCGAGAACUGGUCAGCUGGGUCUAGGUUCAUCAGCCCCUCCAACAUGAACACACAUGAGCUCGAGGUUAUUCACAGUACCUUCGCCAUGGGUCUGACACGGCUCCGAAGGAUGCCGGACAAGGAGUUUCUGCAAUGGGCCAAUUGCCAAGCGACUGCGCAUCAGGGCAGUGCUGUGCCUGAGGGCUCCACAUCACCCACCGCACAUCCGCCCCCCGAUAGCGUCAGUUUCACUAAUGCCGAUGAGAACACCCAACACCCAGGUAUUCCCUUGUCUGCACCUGCUCUCAUUGACUUGCCCACUCCCCAGUGGACUGGUGUUACACAGAAUGGACAGGAGAUGGUCAUUGCAAAGAGGCCACGCAAACCGCAAGCCAACAAGGGCAAGCAGCAUGGCCCUCAACAGAAUCCGCGUAACAAGAGGUCCAAGUCUACUAUUAAUACACCCGCUAUUGAUACUCCCUCUUAA